AUGACAGUUUCUGAAAUAACCUCAUCAGGGUCUAAUAAGUAUUCUCAAAUAUUAGAAAAUGUAGAACCCAAGGCAUUAGAGCUGGUUUCUAAUUCCACCAAAGAGUCAAUAUUAAAGCAAUUGCGUGAAUUUUUAGAAGAAAUAGUCGAAACUGAAUAA